GGACUCUCUGUGGGUGUGGAGCUUGGAUCACAGCGGACCAGACCUCCGUAAGGAAAGGGAGCUAAAAGCUAGCCGGCUAACUUAGCUGCUAGCUAAUGUAAAACGCUUUAAAACAUGUUUACUUUCCUUCAAACUGAACGGGACGGUCGCAGGGUCGGAGGGUCUUGCCAUGACUUAUUUUUUUGUUGUUGUUGUUGAUGUUUUUGACCCGAGCCUGGAGUUAUGCUCUCUCGAAAGAAAAGUAAAAAAGAAGCGUCGAAACCAGCCGAGGUUCACGGGAAAUAUGUGAAGAAGGAAACGUCUCCGCUGCUGAGAAAUCUGAUGCCCUCGUUCAUCCGUCAUGGCCCCACGAUACCCCGACGCACCGAGGUCCCUCUGCCUGACAUGGGCCCCUCUUCCUACCCUGUGGCCCCCGCCCGGGAGCCCGUGGUUUCCCGCAACAAGAGCUUCCUCCGGGCCCCGGUGCAGCGGCCCCCCCACGAGGUGGCCCGCCGAGAGAGCCACCGCAUGUCGGCCCCCCCGUACCUGCCCCGCAGUCUGGGGGAUCUGCCCCAUGAGUACGGGGGCUCCUCGCAGUCCUUCCUCACCGACGUGGGGCUCCUGUCUGAGAAUGGAGACGCUGGCCGGUACUACUACCCCCCCGAGCCUUACUACGACCCCCAGCAGCAGCAGCAGCAGCCCCCCCCCAGAAGGGGCCCCGAGCGCUUCCCCGAGGACUAUAGAUACUAUGAGCACAAUGAACACAACUUCCAGAGACUUCCACGACAACACACACCCCCGGCUCCAGGGAGACCCCCCUCAGGCAUCGGGCGCAUCCAGGCCAAGUCUAUGGGGAACCUGUCCAACCUGACGGGGGACGACGGGCCGGUCCCCCCCGGCUGGACGGUGGACUGGACCAUCCGCGGCAGAAAGUACUACAUCGACCACAACACCAACACCACGCACUGGAGCCACCCGCUGGAGAGGGAGGGCCUGCCCCCCGGCUGGGAGAAGGUGGAGUCGGCCGAGUUCGGGGUCUACUACGUGGAUCACAUCAACAAGAGAGCGCAGUACCGACACCCCUGUGCCCCCAGUGUUCCUCGCUACGACCAGCCCCCCCCUCUGCCCCCCCCGGUCGCCUACCAGCCCCGCCCAGAGGAGAGGAACCAGCAGGUGCUCGUCCCAGCGAACCCGUACCACACGGCAGAGAUACCGGACUGGCUGCAGGUGUACGCCCGCGCUCCACUCAAGUACGACCACAUCCUGAAGUGGGAGCUGUUCCAGCUGGCGGACCUGGACACGUACCAGGGGAUGCUGAAGCUGCUCUUCAUGAAGGAGCUGGAGCACAUCGUCAAAUCCUACGAGGCCUACCGGCAGGCGCUGCUAUCGGAGCUGGACGCCCGCAAACAGAGGCAGACCUGGUACCAGCAGAAGAACUACAGCGGGAACAUGUGACCCCAGUGUGUGUGUGAGUGAGUGUGUGAGAGCGUGUGAGUGUGUGAGAGCGUGUGAGAGCGGGGACACCACGCCUCUCUGAGGUCUCAGCCGUUUGGGAGCGGUCACAGUUUCACUUUGAAAAGACGAUGGACUCCUCGGAGCCUCCUUACCAAAACACAUGUGUGCCUUCGCUGGAUCCAAAUAUAUCAGACAGGAAGUGAUGACUGAAAAACACUCCAUGAAGAAAACGCACGCCUGUUUUGAAGUGCUCAAAAACACACGGACAUUGUGCCUUUUAUUUUAUUAUUUUUUAUAUUCAAAUAAAACGCAGCAUUUUUUUUCUACACCAGUCACUUCACUCUGCGGGAGGAAGUGACAGGCAGCUUCUUCUAAUUACUUUCUGUAUGAAAUACUACGUGACUAUUUUUUCCUCUUGCUUUGAACGCCUCGUAAAACUGAAGCCACACUUUGACAUUAAACAGAAAGUGUGCAAUUCUUUUUUUUAUGACAUAUCCUUUAUGAGACAAUCCACCAAAACUUUGACAGAUAUUUAAGUUUUGAUAUGAAACACGUCUUUAUUUAAAGAUGGUGCUCUUGGCAUUACUGUAUGUCAGGAAUGUGUGUGUGUGUGUGUGUGUGUGUGUGUGUAAAGAAAAAUAAUAAGCUACUGGAACCUAAAACACACUUCAUAAAAAGACACUAAGUUUGCAUUUCUCUCUGUUUCCCUUUUUCUGGAUAUUCCUCUCUCUGGUAAUGCCUUGUUUUAUGGACUGACGUCUCUCUUCUGCCGGAGGAGUACAGGUUAUUAAAAGCAAUAUAUAUUUGACACUCAUAAAUCAGAUGUAUCCCGUUGCUCGCAAAUGUUUUUACACCGGGAGUUUGUCUGGUAGAAACGGUGGAAACUUCCCUAUCACCUCACUAAGGUGGAAAAACGUGUUAUAUUACGUUAAAAAUGUUAAAAAAUAAAAGUGCUUAAUGGGACCUGUUUGAGUGAUUAUAAAUCCAAACAUUUCUGAAAGGCUUUCUGGUGAGGAAGAGGAGAACUUAUCUUCAUCAGUUUGUACAUAUCUGAUUUUGUGCAUUUCAUAAACAGGACAAAAGCAAUAAAGUCUGCAGUGGAGAAAAUA